UCAUGGGUUGCCAGGGAGAGAGCAAGAUGGCGGGAGGGGGAUGACAUGGACACGGAUGAGUCAGACACGUAAUACUCUCACAUUAGUGACAUGUGCAGCAGGUCCGAGUAACUUUGGAUGAAAUAAGGACAGCGAUGGCCUUGUUGUACAGCGUCUUAUGGCGGCUGCUGCUGUUCGUGCUUCACAGCAACAGAGCGCUGCUCUCCUGGCUGCGUGUGGCGCUUCGGAGCUGCAAUGGCCGGCUGUGGGAGCGUGCUGUGGCCGCGCUGCUCCUGCCCAUGUCCCUAGUGGGCUUCCACGACCGGCGGAGGAAAUGUAAUCACAACCCCGAUGCGAAUGGCACUCUGGUAGCCGGAAACUGUGCUCGCGGCCGACGACACCGGUGGCUGACCGACGGCAGAGCUUUGGACAAGUUGCCGGUGCACAUCGGCCUCUUGGUAGCCGAAGAAGAGCACAGCUACACGGACAUUGGCAACAUGGUGGUGUGGUGCAUGGCGAUUGGAAUAUCCUAUGUCAGCAUCUAUGACAAUCACGGGAUUUUCCGGAAGGACAACUCGAGGCUGCUGGAGGUGAUACUGAGACAACAGAAGGAUCUGCUAGGUGUGGAAGGAUCCAAAUACAAUGUGGAAUUCCUCAGUGAUUGUGCUGAUGAACACCAAAAUCACGUGUUGUCAUGCAAGCCCACAGUGAAGGUGUUGUCUCCAGAAGAUGGCAAGCAGAGUAUCGUUCACGCAGCACAGCAACUCUGUCGCUCUGUGGAGAACAAAGAGAGAAGCUUCAAAGACAUUAGUGUCUCCAUGCUGGACACAAUGCUAAGAGAGGCAAAUAAUAUUCCAGAUCCUGAGCUGGUGGUCAAGUUUGGUCCAGUAGAUAGCACUCUGGGUUUCCUCCCCUGGCACAUCAGACUCACUGAAUUCAUCUCGCUGCCGUCACACAGAAACAUCUCAUAUGAGGACUUACUGUGCGCCUUGCAGCGCUUUGGCCAAUGUCAGCAGAGGCUGGGCCAGUGAUGUGUCCUCACUAAAGACCAGUUGACACUCAGGACGUCACUGACGUCCCACACUGGAAGCGCCUCCAAGACAGUGAACAAGACUGGAGUCGAAGCCAGAUGGCUCACUUCCUGUCACCAGCUCAUGUACUACGAUGGCGGGACGUGCGGAGAGGAAAGAGGCCUCACUGACACGACGAUGAGAGGACCGUCUGUCCUCUACCACCAUCUCUACAACUGUUGCCAUUCAACUUCCAGCUGCUGUUUUGUCACUUGAUGCAGCACGGGGAGAAGAAAGCUGGCUUUGUGUCCCUGCUCAAAUGCAAAAUUCCAACAAGGACAUUGAAAAGAUGACAGGAAGUGGACCCGAGGGUCAGAAUGAUUGUAAAUAUGUCUUCAAUUUCUUUCUUCACGUACUUUUUAUUUAAGGCUCCAGCUUGGCUGACCUUCCUUAAUAAAGAAAUGCACUAUUUGUGCUCCAUGCA